AUGGUGCAAGCGGCUGCUCCUCGAUCCGAGAAACGGCUUCCCACUGCUUGGCACAGGCCUGUUUUGCGACAGUUGACAGACUGGCGCAAAGAUGGUACGGAGAUGGAUAAACAAAAGGCGGGUCUGCUUCUGCUGGCAGAAGGCAGUCCUCUGUAUUGUGUCCGCGCAACACGUAAAAGGUACAGCGCUCUGGUAAUGAUGGCUCGGAACAGGUGGCUUGCGGGCUGGGGAGCCAGGUUGCGCAAUGCAUGGGGGCCAGAGGCAGCAGGCAGGGAAGAAUGGAAGAGGGCGCUCCCGAGAAAGUGUUCCAGGGUUGCCAAGAGGAGGAUGAAGGGCACAGAGUCGAGUCCGAUUGAGACCAGAUUUGGUUGCCAAGAGGAGGAUGAAGAGCACAGAGUCGAGUCCGAUUGA